GCAGCAUGGCGGCCACGGAGGAUGAGCGGCCAGCGGGGAGCGGAGAGGGAGAGCGGCUGGAUUUCCUGCGAGAUCGGCACGUGCGGUUCUUUCAGCGCUGCCUCCAGGUCUUGCCCGAGCGUUAUUCUUCGCUCGAGACCAGCAGGAUCAAAUCUAAACCGCUGUGGUUUCCGAGGCUCUUCAUACCUGGGUAUUCCAUUCAAUCCAUCAAAGAAUCCUGGAACAGCUCAUCCUUACGAUAGUGGCCACAUAGCAAUGACCUACACUGGCCUUUCAUGCUUAGUUAUUCUUGGUGAUGACCUAAGCCGAGUCAAUAAGGAAGCUUGCUUAGCAGGCUUGAGAGCCCUUCAGCUGGAAGAUGGAAGCUUCUGUGCAGUCCCUGAAGGCAGUGAGAAUGAUAUGCGAUUUGUAUACUGUGCCUCCUGUAUUUGCUAUAUGCUCAACAACUGGUCUGGCAUGGAUAUGAAAAAAGCCAUCAGUUACAUUAGAAGAAGUAUGUCCUAUGACAAUGGGCUGGCACAGGGAGCUGGACUUGAAUCUCAUGGAGGAUCGACUUUUUGUGGCAUUGCGUCACUGUGUCUGAUGGGUAAACUAGAAGAAGUUUUUUCAGAAAAAGAAUUGAACCGGAUAAAGAGGUGGUGUAUAAUGAGGCAACAAAAUGGUUACCAUGGAAGACCUAAUAAGCCCGUAGACACCUGUUACUCUUUUUGGGUAGGAGCAACUCUCAAGCUUCUGAAAAUUUUUCAAUACACCAACUUUGAGAAAAAUAGAAAUUACAUCUUAUCAACUCAAGAUCGCCUAGUAGGGGGAUUUGCCAAGUGGCCAGAUAGUCAUCCAGAUGCUUUGCAUGCAUACUUUGGGAUCUGUGGCCUGUCACUAAUGGAGGAAAGUGGAAUUUGUAAAGUUCAUCCUGCCCUGAAUGUAAGCACACGGACUUCUGAACGCCUUCGAGAUCUCCAUCAGAGCUGGAAAACCAAGGACUCUAAACAGUGCCCAGAGAAUGUGCACAUCUCCACAUGACUGACUUCACUUAGGUUGGGAGGGUGGGGGGAUUUGUAGCAUAACUGUAGCUCAAGGUUAAAAGCCAUGUAUAACCAAUGUGCUCUUUUUUAAGAGGUAGUCUCACAAUCAAAUCUCGUGCUGAUGUCACUUUGGAAUAUGGUCUUGAGCCAGUAACCUUUGUACUGGGUUUCAAGAAAAUCUUUGUUGAAGUCUGAACCACAGUGGACUCUGUUGUGGUUCUUAAAUGUUUAUACUGUAUUUCUAAGAAGUUCUUUGAGGCAAAUUAACUAUAUGUAUGUAGGUUAUAUUUUUAAAAAACUCUGCAAAUUGUAUCAUACUGUAAAAUGGACACAAAUCUUCAAAACAAGUUUACAGUUCACAUAGCAUUGAUAAUCCUUGGGUGAACACUUAGUGAUCAUUUAAAAAGCUUGAUAGCUGAUGGUAGGAAAUUGCUUUAAUGAAUUAAGUAUUUAGGAUUCUUCUUUGAAAACAGAUGAUUCCAUAAUUUUUAAAAAGAAUGACUUACUUUAUCUUAUUAAGUGUGCCAGUUAAACUUAUGAGGCCUACAUGAAUGAAAUUAACUUCAUAGCAAGGAUGAAUAGGCUUAACUAAUACAGUAAUUUUCUAAAGGGACAUAGAUUUGAGAAGACUAUUAUGUAAUUGAGGGAAAAAUAAUUUAACUGUAUGUGAUUGUGAAUGAGACAGUUUUGUGCUGCGUGGGUCACUUAUUUAGAUGUUGUGAGGGUGAAUAACAGUUGUGUUUGAUUUUAAUUUCAUUAGUUGCUUUUUCUUUCUGGGGAGAAAAUAGUCAUCUAGAAGGAAAGACGAAUGCUUUGGUUUAUUUUUCGGAAAUAUGUGAUACUGUAAAUUGUACUUUUAUAAGGGAGUUAUUUUUAGCUAUUGGGUUUUUUUUUAGUUUGUUGCCUCCAGUGUGUUAGUGGUUCUGAUUUCAAAAUGACAAUUUUCUAAUUUUUUCGAAGCAAAUAAGUAAA